AUGGAUAAGCACAGCGUGAAGACUCCUUUGUGGAAGAAGGAACUGGAGGAACCCCGGGCCGGGGAGGCAGAGGGGAAAGAAGAGGAGGAGGAGGAGGAGGAAGAUGAGGAGAGCCAGCCGCUGGAGAGCGUGGCAGAAGGCGAAGAGGAGUGCCCGGUGGCAGAGGAGGACGACAGCUCAGUGUCCUACUGCCCGCUGCGCCAGGAGCUCAGUACCCAGCAGGUGGCGCUGCUGCGGCGCGCAGACAGCGGCUUCUGGGCCUGGUUCAGCGCCUUUGCUCAGUUCGGCGGCUUGGGGGCUCCCGCGGACAGAAAGCGGAGCCUCCCGGAGGAGACGUGCAUGCUGGAGAAGCGGCGGCAACGGCCGCGCGGCGGGGGCUGUGCGCGCUGCGAGAUCCUUUUCUGCAAGAAAUGCAGGAGCCUGCACAGCCACCCGGCCUACGUGGCGCACUGUAUUCUGGAGCACCAGGACAUUGGUGCGACGAGGGCAUCACGAAGGACGGGGGCCACCUGGGGCCCCUAA